AUGCCUCUCAACAGCAGCCCUAUUCCCGGCUUCUCAGCAGAGCAAGUCCGCUCCAUUACCAAGCUCAUAGAAGACGUGCUCGACAAGGCACUUGACAAGCGAUUUGGACCACUGCAGCCACAGCAAAAGCAAGCAGCCAUUCCGCCAAAGCCGGCACAGCCACCGAAGCAGGAACAAGAGCAUAGGCCAUUGCAACAGGCAAAUGUGGAGAAAUCUACGGAGAAGACUAUGGAGAAGAACAAGAGCACGGACAGCAGCAGUCCUAUUCAAGCGGGCACACUCUCCAUAAUUCCACACCAGGCCACUAUGCAUGAAUGCGGAGAACCUACCCCUCGCCUCAGCAGUACUCCACUUUCUACCUCGCUUCUCGCCUCUCAACUCGCCUCUCCGCUCGGCUACAUUCGAUUCGCGAAGGAUAUGGAGGCUAUAGGCCAAGGAUAG